GUCCUUUUGGUCACCUUAGCAGAGUCGCAAAAUCUAAUCUCUUCUAAUGGGCCGUAGGGAUCCUUUAGACGAGAGAAGAUGCUGUAGGAAUGGGUAGAUGUUUUUGCUGCUUUCUGCUUGGAUUUCCAAAAGAUGAGGACAACUCACUUCUGCUCAGACAGCCAUCUACCAGUAGCCUGGUAAAGCUGUUUAGUUUAUAUGAUGUUGAGGCUAGCAUCACUAACUCUCAACAUGGAGGGAGGAAAAACAAAGUUGAACAAUCUACAGAGAUUAAGAUAAUAUGGGCAAACAACCCAGAUACCAAUGCAGUGUUUACUAAACUUGGAGCUGUGGAUAUUGUUUUGCGAUAUGACAAACUCUUGAAUCAAUGGAAACUUUUAAAGGAUACAGAACAAGAGUUCAAGUCUUUGAUGGGGAUGGAACAAAAUAAAGAGCUUGUUAAGUGUCUGGACUCCAUUCCGCCAGAAAUGAGGGUCGGCUUCAGUCAUGGAUCCUCAGACAGUGAGUAUGAGUUUCAUUUGGAUAUUGACCCUAUGGUCUCAAUGGAGAAGCUGAACGUCCCACUUAUGGUACGACUGAAGAGGUCUCUUCACCUCUUCUCUUUGAUAUCCUCUCAAAUGAACACUAUACGUAAACUUGGUUGUCCUAUUGUUAAAGAUCUGGGCAGGCUAGCGGAGCUGUUCAGGAACCAAGAUGAACCUUUUAUUGAGAUUAAGGGUGUUAGGCACAGUGUUGAUUUGCUGAACAGGCAGCAAGUUGAGCAGGCCUACCUAAUCAUCAAAGACAUUGUGAGUCUAACUGGUGAGCGGAGUCAUGCGCUAAUGGACUACAUCUUACGGCAAGGCGACAAGGUUGACAUGAAGGUCAUCAAUCAUGACCCAGACAAUCCAAAAGUCAUUAUAUUUUCUAAGAAACUCGGUAGCUCAAAAAGAAAGAGAAGUAGCUUUCAAUAGAUUUAAAACAACAAAUUAAAUUGAGAUAUAUUUUUUAAGCACAAUCAUGCACCGAGUGAUUAAAAUAAUUUAUAUAUAGGAUAUAGGAAUAUAGUAAUACUGCUCACUCUAGGCUUUGAAGUUGAAUUUUAUAUCAUAGGUAGACUAAUAUAAAUAACACAAAUUGUUUCAGUUCAAAAUACAUUAGUACAAGUCUAAAUGCCACAGGCAAAUGACAUUGAUAAUGCUUUUAUACCCUUAUUUAGGGUCAAACUUCACUAGCGGAAGGACCAGAGAAGAAAAUGAAAGUGUAAAUAAAGUGAAUGUAUAGUAAAUGGAAAAGGAAGAGUAAUCUCCGCUUUUACAGGGUUUCCUUCGCUUCUACUUCCUUUGCUCUGACUUUUAUCUGCACCUAAGCCUCUUUAUCUUUGUUUUUUCUUUUUCACUUUUUUCAUUAGUGAAAAAGUUUGCCAUAAUAUAGGGAUUUGCUAAAUGAUCUCCAAGAAAUCUAGAAGUGUUUUAAAGAUGCAAGUGGAGUGUUAUGUGCCUGUAAACUUUCCAUUGGUAUUGGCAUGCUGGACAUGCUGUGACUGUAUUUUGCUGUAAUGAGAAUAUAUUUACAGUUCAUAACACUUCAAUUGUGCAUCUUAUCCUAGCGUAAACAGACAAAAGAGCUAUUGAGUUAGUAUGCUUUGACUUGGUGGAAUAAACUUUUGAUUUUAUUUUCA